AUGGAAUCUCCACAAUCUGUUGUGUCACCAUUCAAGAGCUCUCUCAUGGAAGAUACUGAGAAGUUUAAAUCUGAUGUUUUCACAAAAACCUCAUGUCCUUUGUCUAAGGACAUUGAAGUCAAUAGAAAAGAAGCUCUUGCAUUGUCUAAUCACGGCGACGAAUUCGUUGGAGUAGUUGAUGUUUACAUACAUCAAGCUAGGGACAUUCAUAACAUCUGCAUAUAUCAUAAGCAAGAUGUUUAUGCUAAGGUUUGUUUAACCGGUGAUCCCGAGAAUUCUGUCUCGACCAAAAUCAUCAACGGAGGAGGAAGGAACCCCGUGUUUAACGAUAAUCUUCGUCUAAGCGUUAGGACCGUCGAGUCUUCUCUCAAAUGUGAGAUUUGGAUGCUUAGCAGGGUGAAGAAUUAUCUUGAAGAUCAAUUGCUUGGUUUUGUUUUGGUACCUUUGUGUGAUGUUUUGAUGGAAGACAGAAAACUAGAGAAAGAGUUCUCUCUUUCUUCGACCGAUCUAUUCCAUUCACCCGCAGGUUUUGUUCGAUUAUCUAUAUCGUAUGCUGGCGUCUCUCCUGAUGUUAUGGUGAUUUCCUCAUGGCCUAAUGCUGAAUUGGACAGAAACGGAACCGAGAAGGAUUCUGAAACACGCGAGUCGCUUGUGAGAGAUUUAGAUAGAAUCGAGUUCCCGGAUCCGAAAAUUGAAAACGAAGACAAUUUAAUGGUUUCAGAAUACUUCGGCACGGAUAGUUUGGCCACUACUGAUACUGAAAGCCUCGGCUCCGAAAGAGGUGUUCAGUUUGUGGAAAGCUUAUCAGCAUCUAGUUUUGAAUCUAUUCAACCACCUAGCAGUGUAUCAACAAACGGAGUUUCCUCGCUUUCACCGUCUGCAAGCUCAAACGAUCAAGAGAAACGCGUUGAUGUCAAAGACGGUGAGCCUGAUUCGUCGAACACAUUGCUGAGUAAGUCAUUUCCAGAACCGGUUGCAAGCGUGAAUAUUGAGCCAGAACCAAAGUUGGUGCAGCAGGAUAUAGUAGACAUGUACAUGAAAAGUAUGCAGCAAUUUACGGAGUCAUUAGCGAAAAUGAAACUUCCUAUGGACUUUGAAAAUGGACCAACUAGUUCGGGAAACUCAACCUCGGAACCGAAAUUACAAUCAUCAAAGAGUAGUAACUCGCGCGUCUUUUACGGUAGCAGAGCUUUCUUCUGA